AUGGACGCGCAUAGACGGGUGUUAGCCGAGUGCUGUAAAGCGAGAAACGAGCCCGAAUCGUUAGUGAGACUGGUAAUGAAGUUGCAAAACUGUUUCAUUGCUUUGACUCAAAUGAAUUACGAAGUUGAUUUGAACACAGUACACACCCUAGAGGCAAUAGUACGAUGCCUACGGGCUGACAUACAGCAGCAAUGGGCGGAGGAGGCGGUGAUUAUUGGCCGUAUGGGAAAGGAACCGAACAUCACCGAGCUAACGAAAUUCACCCAAAACCGUGCCGAAGUCGCCAGCAGUCACUUUGGACAACUCGCCAGCAUUAGUAGGCAAGAGAGACAUCACACCAAAGAACGAACCUAUGAGAUCCCGAGAGGUUCUAGGAUUGCAAAUAACUAUGCGACACUAGGAGAACGUCGCACCAUGGGAUGCCCCAUGUGUCGUUCGAAUCACGAGUUAUCCGCGUGCGAGGAGUUUAUGCAAUUAGCAAUUCCAGACCGUGGGAAAGCAGCCAAGAGAUAUGCUUUAGACAACGUUCCCGAAACUGACAGAGCCAGUGGGGCUCUCAACCUGACCACACAGUCACUCCCCCAUCGAUCCGACCUUGGAGGUGCGAUGGAGCGCGGAGUCAGACGAGUUCAUUUUUCAACUAAAGCCGCCCGAGAGGAAUCCCACCCGACGAGGGCUGCUAUCGUCGGUAUCCAGCGUAUACGACCCGCUCGGGUUUGUCGCGCCGUGGUUGUUGCCGGGGAAGGUCCUCCUUCAAGAACUUUGUCGAAAAAGGACAGAGUUGGAUCAACCCUUAGACCAGCAGGACCGGACGGAUUGAGAUCAAUGGUUGACCAGCCUCAGUCGGCUAGUCAAGGGACGAAAGGCAAAAGGCACCUAUUCUCCGACGCGUCUGAAACGGGAUACGUACGUUGGCAGCACAUGAAUGGCGAGCGCAAGACAGAAUUACUUUUCACCAAAGUCCGGGUCGCCUCAUUAAAGUGCGUUUCGAUACCCCGCCUCGAACUGACCGCGGCCGUGCCAGAGGUGCGUAUAGCCAAGCAGUUGAGACAAUGCUUCCGUAUAUUCGAAGAUCGCGUCACGUUCUGGACCGACUCCGCCAUUGUAAUGUGA